AUGUCUACCACUUAUACAAUCAUCCUCCAGAAUGAUCACCAGGUGCCUAACUCCUAUGCCAUCUUCAACGCUCCUCCCAAAGUCUCCUCCAGCGGUGUGGAUCCCCAAGUAUACACCAAUGCCUGGAUGACCCAGUACGUAGGUGUCAACGGUAACAUGACCGUCCGCACCAGUGUUGACUUCUAUGCUUGGACGGGAACUACCCCCUCCAGCCCAGCUCCUGGUGUAGUAGUACAGACUGGAACUUCCCAGCUUGUUCAACUUGGCACCACGGACUCUCCUGGCUCUACCAUCCCUAUGAGUGUUGUUAAAGGCACUCCUACUUUUGGUACUCCUACCAUGACCUCUAAGCCGGGUGCGUAUGAGAUCGAUACAGACUCCAGUUUUGCCACCCCCAACCGUACCUAUAUGAUUGGACUUGGCAAAGUUGAUAGUUUUGGAAUCGUGUCUCCUGUCGCGACUAUGCUUGCCGACAACAACACCGCCACCACCGUCACUCCCAUCAUGAAGUUUUAUGUCGGCGCUUUCAGCUUCCAGCCGGGUACAAUUGUGAACUUUUCGACGGUCACCCUGAACAGCGGCACUGUUGAUUUCAGUAGCGGUCCCGGUCUCGGGAUGUCUACUGCCGUUGUCCGUCAUGACCAAUUUGGAAAGUUCACCACCAGCUACUAUCCUAAUGCAGCCGCGGCAGCACUUAUGAGGAGCCUUCGCGACAACCAGCUCACCUCCUUCAUCACGGGAGGCGACAAGAAGAGCAAUGAAAAGCAGCAGGAGCUUGAGUCUCUCAUUAUGCUCAGCGACUCUCAGUCUGACGCAUCGGUCACUGCUGGCGAAUGGGCCUGGCUCGGAAAAGUCGGAUGGCCAUCAAACACUUCCGUUGCCGUAGUCACAGCCGGGGCCGUCUUCAUAGCCGGGUACUUGGCUGCAAAAGGCUACAGGAUCCACAGAGUUCAAGUCAGAUUGGCUGACGGUACGAUCGUGGAACAAUUUUACUUCGGACCAGGUGCCGGGGCGCUUGCCGAGUUCGAAGCCAAUACCGUCCAAUCAGACUGGAAAGAGGCCGUCACCGCCGAUCGUCAAAGUGAUGGUCACUUUGAUAUGGGCUUACAGAAGCUCAGCCAGACCUCUAACACCGGGGGCGGAUCAAUUGAUACUCGGUCGCUUGAGAAGCUGUUUAAUGCCCUGAACAAGAAGCUAGGUAACGCUCAAGGCAAUGGGCCUGACAACAGUAAUGGACUUUCCAACUCGAACGGCAAUGGCUACACCAACGACUUUGGCAACCAGGUUCAGCACAGCAUUGCCGCCGGGGGCAACUGA